CAAAGCCCGGAUAAAGCACACCCCCAGGAAGAGAGACGGACACAAUCGCACAAGAACAGAGAGAGGAGGAGACGAGGAUACGAUGUCGUUCCAUUCCUUGUCAUCUCCGCGGUAUGCGUCUUUUUUCUCCAAACCCUUUCAUGGCAUCAAACUACCCAGCUCUCGCAUCAGAGCUUCUUCUGACGUUCCCGACUUUCUUUCCGCCGAUUGGCUUGAAUCUCGCAGGAAGAGACCUUUUGGCCCAAGAUUGAAAUUUAGUGCAGAAGAAGCCAUCCGACACCAGCUUGAUGCAUUGAUGUUCAAUGAUCAACCUUGUCAAGAUCAUGGAAUUGAAGUCAUGUACAGGUUUGCCGGAUUUGAUCCUUUUGAAAGGUCUACGUAUUUUGGUCCCUACUUUGACUUGGGACAAUUUGAGAGAUUCAGGCGGAUUUUCCACCACUCGACCUAUCGAGUGUUACUUGGCCACAAGGAAAGGAAGAUCUUGAGCAGUUUGAUGGUGAAGGAGGAUCAAUACAAGCAGCGGGUUUGGGUAAGAGGAGCUCGCCCUGAGGAGGAGGAAGUAUUUCAAUUUACCAUGGCACAGAGAGUUGGUGGUUCAUGGGAUGGUUAUUGGCUGACGGAGUCUCUACUUCAUGACGGUGAUAGUUUUUCUCGCGGCGUGGCUUACUAAACAGUCAGUCAGGUCUUGAUAUGGUGGGCCUUGGAGAAUUACUGAUUGUUUCUUGUUGAAGCAUCGACAUUGCCUGUCCGAUACCUCCAGAUUCUGUAUAUAUGCAACCAAAGUAAUGCAAUGGUUGUUCUGUUCAUAUUUCUGAGAGUAGUUGAUGUAUGUUUAUAAGAACUGGUAUAUUCGAUUCUUAACGCUUAAAACCUUGUACUUAUCUUUUUUGUGUUAUUUUGAAAUUUAUGGACAUCUUUGUAAUUCGGUUAA